CGCACGAUAAGACAGCAUGAGCCUUUCCGCGUUACCGACUGCCACAUGAGGGGUCAAAAAGCGGAAACAAUUCAUUGCCCCCUCAGGCCUCCUUUGCCGCCGUGUUAUUCCCUCGACAGUCCAUCCUGUCAGUGCAACACCAAUGGCCCCUCGCACUUCGGUGGUCUCUCUGAUGGCCUUCAUCGCCCUCGCCAUCGCAUCAGCAGCACCAUUCGCCAUGAGAGGUACACACACACACACGCACACACACACGCACACGAUGGUAUAAGCGCCCGUCGGUGGCUGCAGGUGUGCAGGAGAGAGAGGCCCACAGGCAGCUGCAGGGCGAAGAGGCACUGUGCCUGGAGAUCUGCAAGACUUUCUGCGACUCUUACUGCUUGGGCCAAGGGGACGACUGCACGGCCGAGUGCAGCAGUUGCCCGCCGGGCUGCUCUGAGGGAUUGCGUGGCCGCCGGCUCCAGCAGCAGCGACUCCGGCGGCAGCGACUCCGGCGGCAGCGACUCCGGCGGCAGCGACUCCGGCAGCAGCGACUCCGGCGGCAGCGACUCCGGCGCCAGCGACUCCGGCGCCAGCGACUCCGGCAGCAGCGACUCCGACAGCAGGGACUACGAAGAGGACUCCUCUACUGCCGGCAGCGACUACCGGGAGCUUCAGGAGUGCAAACACACCUGCCACGACGUCGACAUUUGUGAUGACUGCCGGUUGGGCCAGUGGAACGAAUACGCGGCGGCUACCAGGUACGUCAGGAGAGAGAGGGGCUUACAGACAGACAGACAGACGGUAGGAGACGAGCACACGCACGCAGCAUCCAUCCAUCCAUCCAUCCAUUCACCCAUUCCUGUCUGGCUGGGGCUACUUGUGUGUGUGCAGGUCUAUACGGUAGGGCGCAAUGGGUCAUGCGGUGCUGUCUGGGCACGUCUUCGGACGACUGUUCUCUACCCCGGGUUCUUCAUUGUGGACAGCGGUGCUGCGGCACAUGCGACGAAGAGAGCAGCAAUACGACGGCAGAGGGAGGGGCGCUGCGGCAGCUUCAGGAGGGGUGCACACGUGUGUGCAUCAACGGCGUGUGCAGGACGCUCUGCGAGAUGGGAAAUGCUGUCAACCGCACUGUGGUCGUACACUCUGCGGCACACGCUGCAGAGAGCCCGUCUGUGAGUUUGUUUGUCGGUCUC